CCCCCAGUUGGGGUUGAAUUCCGCAGUCAACACUGCGCGCUAUGAGCGACUUCCGCCCAGUCCUUUCGCGAAGGGUCUACACAGCAUUCUCAAGCGUUCGAGGGGGGUAGCGACGUUCCCACACGGUUACAAAUCACUUGCAAAGCGUUGCGCAUUUUUUCCCCGCCACCCCACAGCGCGAAUGCACAAACGUGUUGAGCAGUGUGAAUACAGAAUGGUAUCCCUCACCUGUGCUCCAUUUUAGUUUUUGUUUUUUUUUUUUCCUUCCGCCGUUGCUUUGUUUGAUAGCUGUAGUAAAGGUAAAGUUGGGAUUCCCCCUAGAGGCGCGUCUACAUGUGCAAACCUUUGCGGCAGCCCCUAAACGGUUAAUAUACUGGGGAAUCUUCCCUUUCGCGAUUGAAGCAAGCCAUUCCUUUUGAUGCUUCGCCUCACCGCCGCAUUAGUUCCUCCCCCCCGACACGAUGAAAAAACGGGCGAGCAUCACAAACUUGGAGCUGGAGGAAAUCGUUUUCAUUCUGCUGAACUGUCUAGACGAAGAAAAAAAAAAAAACCGAGAAAUUAUUAACACGCUUAAGGUAUACCUCUUGUACCACAAGGGACAAAUCCUCAACUACGUGUUUUCCUUUUUGCAAAUUCAGAAGGUCAGUCACGAAAAUCAAAAGUUGCUCCUCUGCUUGGUUCACGACUUCGUUCACUACUGCAUUCAUAAUCGCUUUAGCAACACCGUUGAUGAAUACCUGGGCGAGGUGAAGAGGAAUGAAGGGGAAAAGGAGGAAAGGGCAGACACUCAAAAGGGGGGCUCUCAAAGGGGGGGCCCUCAAAAGGGAGACACUCAAAAGGGAGACACUCAAAAGGGAGACACUCAAAAGGGGGGAACUCCAAAGGGGGGGACGCACAGAUUUAAGGACCUACACAUCUUUGAGAACAUUUUAAGGUACUCCUUCUUUGAUGGCGAUGAGCACUGCUUUCUAUUUCAGGAUCUCCCUGAGGGGGUAUUUCUUCCAGACGCAGUUCCACUGCAGGGUGACGCGGCUGAGGGGGGAGCUCUCCAGCAAGCAGACAGCGGCACCGCUUUCUCCCCACGGGGGAGCCUGCACUUUGCAACUGAUGGGAACCCCAGGGAGAGAAGCAUGAGAAGCAUGAAAAGAAGAGGAAGAGGAAGCAUCUUCCAUCAGGAUAAAAUCGCAAAACUCCUCUGCCUCAAAAAGGAGGAAUACAAAACAGCGAUGAUAAGCGAAAGGGAGGCCGCCAAAAAGUCAAACCAGUGCACAUCUCCGCAUGUGGCUGCCUCCGCCCCACUGGGGGGCAUCCCCCCACAGAAUGCCAAAGAAACCUCCGAAAUAAAUAACAUCAUCAGAAAUAUAAUUGACUUUCUGCUGAACGAAAUUUUGUUCAUUAAGAGGGACGACGAGCGACACGGGAUCAUGACCAAGCUGCUGAUUCUGUGCGUCGUGAGGGAAGACGCCUAUUUGAAGAAGAAGCUCGUGGAGAAGCUGAACGGGUGUCUGCGCGUGGGGGGCGCCGCCCUCCCCGUGGGGGACUCCCCCGAGGGGGGGGGAAAACCGACCAUCGAAAAAGGGGGCAGCGAAAAAGUGAGCGGUGAAAAAGUGGGCAACGACAAAGUGAGCAGCGAAAACGUGCGUGGUGACAACCCCAAGCUGCGCGCCUACCUGGAGCUCUACAUCGACCUCCUCACGCAGGUGCCGCACCUCACCAAAAGCGUCCUCAACGAAUUCUUCAGCGCGGUCCUUUCCCUGGGCCAGAGCACCACACAUGCAGAUCUGACGCACAAAGUCAUGACCCAAAUAUUCCAAGACAUUCAGUUCCCCUCAGUUCUCUACACCAUCAUUAGAAUGAACACGAAAUAUAAGAGGAAGAAUUUUAUCAUCCCCAAUAAGCACCACACCAACGUCUUCAUUGAAAAUGAUAUAAUUCAUUUGUCUCUGGAAAACACGAGCGAGGACACCUGCACAACGUAUACCAGGGAGUCAUCCCUAAAUUCCAACGUCCUGGGGAGGAGUAACACCCCGGGGAAGAGCAACACACCGGGGAUUUUCAAUAACAGCGGUAGACAGGCCAACCUGCGCAGACCCACGGAGGGGGAAAGGAAUGGUAAAGGCACCUCAUAUAAGGACCCCUCCUCUGAACACACAUCGAGGGAUGCAUCCCCAUGUGAAGUCUUCUAUGACGCGCAUAAUGGAGAAGUGGAGCCAGAUGGGUGGGAUACCCCCCCUGGGGGGGAAUGCUCCCAGGGGAGAGGCAGUGACGGCGGGGCGCAGUCCAACUGGGGUCCCUCAAAAGGAAAGAACAACCUGGUGAAGGCCUUCCAGAGAGAAGCUAAACCGAGCGAGCAUGCCGCCGAACCCUUUCGAAACGAAUCGGAAGGGUCCGAAAAGUACUACACGGUUAAGAAUUGGAGGGAGGGGGCGGUCUGCCAGGUGCCAGAGGGGAGUGGCGGCAGCCCAAAAGAAAAGGGCGAUCUCCCGCGUGGUAAGGGAAUUCUCUCCCCCGUUGCCUCUCCCCACGCUGCAGCCCAACUCCCCCUUGAGAAGGAACGAAGAAAGGCGGAAGAAACCACAGCCGUGUGCUCAAAAAUGCUGGCCCUAUACCUGAGCAUGCUUCCCACCCUGAAGCGAAGCAGCGAAAAUUAUAGAAAGCUCCUCUACAUCAUAUCGAAGCUGGUCCUCUACGUAAACAACGACGAAUUGACGAAGAAGGUGAUCGAAGAGUGCAUCCACUAUUUCCUCGUCUUCUUCCACGCAACGGUUAACAACGCUUCCGUUAGUGAAAUCUCGGGGGGAUAUAACAAAGACUUACAGGUGCACAUAAACUACAGCAGUGUGAGGGGGUUGCCACAGUACAGUGUAAUUAAUAGCUUCCGAAGUAUUCUUCAAAAAUGCCUGACGAAGAUACACCUCAUCGUAGGGUUCGCUAGCCACACCCUGAAGGUGGCCUAUGCCAUUCUCCUCACCAUGAUUAAUCAAAACUACACGAUGAGCAAUGCUAAGGGGAUUGCAAACUACAUAACGUCCAAUGUGUAUGUCUCCACUUUUGUGGAAGUUAUGGAGCUAUUUAACAUUUUCAUAACUUGUGCUUACACAAGCAAUUUGGUGCUCAGCUUCAUCAGGGAGAAGGUCAAAUCGAGUGUGAAGGUGGAAGUUAUAGUCUCACUCACUCUGUUGAGGCAGUACCUUUUGCUCAUAUCUGGGGAUAUAGGCAGUGGUAAUAACAUGGUGCAUCUGUCCAAUCAAAACAUGAAGACAAAGGGGGGUCCCUACAAGAAGUGCUUCAAACGGUUAAGCAGCUUUAUUACAGACGCCAAUAGGACCAACACCAGCAACGUCGAACUCGUCAUCCAGAUGGUGGCAAAUUUAUCCGAUCGGUUUUGCAACGAUUUGAGCAUCAUUUAUAUGCUUUUAGAGAUUAACUUGCUUUUGUCCUACCACCAGCAUUUUGAUUCCUCCUCGUUCAACCCGAAUGUCAUUCUGGGGCUGCUCCCCAGGGUCAGCAGCCCCCUCUGCGAUUUGUACAUGGGGGGGGAGGCCGAACAGAGUGGGAAAGGCGAACAGAGUGGAAAGAGUAGAAAGAGUGGGAAAGGCAAGCAGAGUGGAAAGAGUGGAAAAGGGGAGGCGCUCCCCCCUAGUGGAGAACCCCCCCUUGAGGGCCACCACCCGGGGGAGCGCAUAAACCCCAUGGGGCACCACGGACAGGAAAUCAAAACGUGGCUGCUCAUCCCAAGCAAACACGUAAUCAAAAUAAUGCACUUUCUAAUUAACACCCUGCUGAGCGAAGAAUCAAAAUUUAAAAAGCAAAAUAAAAAAUACGGGUAUGAAGUUGACGACAGUGGCACCAUCAUAGACGCAAACAACAACGCCAAUGAGGUUUUGCAAAACGGAUUUCACCACAACAGGAUGUUCUUUGACGUACACUGGAACUACUUCAUUUUCAUGGACCCUUCCGUUCCUUACGUAAAGAAGCUAAUCGCGCUAGCGUUUGAGAAGCACCUUUGUUUCUACUCCCCUAGGGUGCUCUACCCCCUGCUGUUCGAGCUACUGGUGGAUGUAAAAAGGAGCUUCAAAAUUGUGGCAACCAUUUUGAAGGCACUAAACAUCAUGUGCAUUCUUCUGCACAACCACAUGGUGAAGAAGCACUUGAGACUUCACUCCAGACUGCAUUACAAUUACUUGGUGCUGCCAAACAUAAGCAAUGUCAUUUCGGUGCUGUUUAUGUACUGCACCCACUCCGACAUUGUUGUUUCCUUCCUCAGCCUGCAGCUCAUUUCUAUUUUGAGGAGCUUCACUCAAGGGAAGAGCAUCGCCUCUGUGCAGAGCUUCACCUACUUUGAGUUGCUCCUCAGUUUGGUGAGACUGAGCAGUCAAGCUGUGGCUCGCAAGGGGGACAGGGCCGCCGCUCCUCUCGCGGGGGGUAGUCUAUACAGCAGGAGGAUUCUCAAACGUAUAAUUGCACUCUCCGGGGGGGGGAAAAAAAAGCCACAAAAACACACUGCUGCUGUGAAGCGCGCGAGAUACUACCGCUCUCUAGUUAAAGGGUGCUACCGGGAGAUAGCCCGGGGGAUUAGCAAGAGGGUGUUGGACGUCUCUCUGAAUGUCAGCCGCGGGGCGUGCCGCAAAGGUUGGCGCAGGAAAGUCCGCGCCAUCGCCAGGCACUACUUUAGCGUGGAUUUGGGGGGGGCCUCCAAUGAGAGGCACGCCAGUGAGAAGCACGCCAAUGAGACCCCCCUUGGUGCCAUCCCCCCCAUGGUGAGCGCCCCGUGCAGCCUGGACGUAGGAACUCUCGUGGGCGCGAACCCCCCCGGCGAGGGAGAGGCGAGCACGUGCCACGCCGCCACGGAGUCCCUGAGCAGCCGCUUCACCCGAAUUCUCCACCUGAUGCAGACCUUCUUCAGCGGCUACGUCAAAGUGGAGAUAGGCAGGAUAUACAACUACCACAGUUACGUAACUACCUUCUUUUACUCUCUGGUGGAGUUAGUUCGGCUCCUCAAAAGUAGCCAAGAAUUUGAGAGCACUCUCCUCUACCUAAGUGUCAUCAACCUACUGUGUGUAAUAAUAAAGCAGUUCAGUGGGAAGUACGCCAACAAGAUGAUUACCAUUUUUUUUAAGCUCAACGAAGAGGUCCCAGUCAACGAGGAGGAAAAUUUAUUCCUAACGCUUUACAUGAAUUUCUCUACCAUAUAUAGGAGCCACUUUUUCAUUUUAUAUAAAGAGAAAUGUACCACCCCAUACAUGAGGAACUGCAUUGAGUGCAUUCAGUUAAUGAGAGCCGACUGCUUGUCCUUUAAGAAGAGCACCGAGAACCAACUCGAUUUUAACAACUUCAUGUUGCUGUCUAAUAAGUACAGCACCGACAUGUCUAGGGAGAAAAAUGUCAGCCGUUUUGUGCACUACCUGAAUGAGUACCAGGCUGUUUACAGAGCAAGGUUGCUCCAGUUGGGGAUAUGCUCCGAAGGGGGGGGAGGCCCCCACCACAAAGGGGAAAAGAAACACAUGGAUGUGAAGAGGAUCCCCCCCACAGGAGAGAACUUCCAUGAUGGUGCUAUGCAAAACAAAGUAGUACAUGAAACUACCCUACAGGUGAACCACCAAGAUGAUUUAAAAAAACGCCUUUAUCAAAGUAACGAAGUGGUGAGGAAAUCCUACCAACUGCUGGAAGACAAGCUAGGAUCUUACAUCCUCCAAAACGACAUCAGCUUCUCCAUAAGCAAACAGUUUCACCAGGAUGUGACUUCCCACUACAUAGAGAGCAUACUCCACAAGAACAACCUCUUCCGUGUCCUCUUCCUACUAAACAGCAUAUACCACUCAGAUGUAGCCAACAGGAAAAGUAGCGCCUUUUCAAUUUUUGGGAAAUCAACAAACGUUAUUAACGCAGAGAAUAUAAGAAGUACGCUCAUACUGACGAUGGGGAAGUGCCUGAGGAAGGUUCCCUCCUCAAAGGUUAGAGACCUACACGUGAUUCGAGACGUCUACAUGAACGAAAAAUUAUUUGCCAUUUAUGUUAAACAUGUGUAUGUGCCUCUAGCUAGGUAUAGCACCUCUUUGGGCAAUGCAAUCCACGGGAGGGACGACUCCCCCUUGACUGAGGAACAUAUCGUGAGGGAGGUCCUCUCCAACAGGCAGAGGUACGUGGACGAGCGCUACAAGGAAGAGAUAAAAAUGAACGCGCUCGUCCGGAGGGACAUCCUCUCUGGGGUCGAAAAGAGGGACAGCGGGGAGUCUUCCCAGUGUGGACCGCCUCCCAUGAGUGCGAAGGUGAACGUGAACGCGAGCGUGAGCGCGAGCGUCAAUUCUGCUAGCUUAGCCAACGCCGCUAACCCCGCUAACCUGUGGAAGCGCCUGCCGAGCGAAAAAAUCAACCUGCUGGUCUUCCAGCUGCUGGUCGACCCAAUCAUCUGCUCCCUCUACGAGGAAAAGGAGGCGACUCUCCAGGCGAGCCUGCUCCGGGCGCUGAAAAUGGUAUCCAAGAAGCUAAAGUGCAUCAGGGCACCCGGUGGGGAGGCAGCACAUAGGCAUAGGAUGAAGUGGGAUCACUACGCUAACCGGGUGCGCGGAAAUUUGGAAGCUACUACUACUCCCCAGCCAUAUGUAGUCACCAACACGUUAGACAGGCCAACCAGAUGGUGCUCCACCCAAGAUGUGUGUGACCAUUAUAUGAAAGAAAAUGUGAAGGACGUCCCGUUUUACUCCUGCCUGUGCAUAUACAAAUAUAUAGUGAUUCACUCAGCUCUGUAUUACGUUGCCAACUUUGACGAGCAGCCGCUCCCCAUCAGCAGCAUGACCUUCACCGGGGUGGGCCUUUAUGCCUUGUACUUUAAACAGGAGAGGAGAAUAAUUACAAGUAAAAGCGAGCACCAACUUAGGGAGGAUUUAAAGGCAAGCGGAUCAAACGGAUCAAACGGAUCAAACGAAUCGAAGAAGAAAAACCAAUUUGAGGAGCUGCACCUGCAGAAAGAACAACACAUCAUUGGCAAAAUUGACAUGUGGGGGAGAAUGAUCGAAUGGGAGUACAGAACAAUAGAUGCACCAUCAGAGAGGGUAAUUUACAACGACUAUUUUUCGGACUUGGUGAAGGAAAGGGGUUCAAAAAAUGACUCCACACAGGGAGGGGCAAGCCCAGGGCACUCUCCCCCCAGUGAGCCUCACCUAGACAUACCGAGUGACACCUACGCAAAUUUGAAGAACGCACUGAAGAGCAUACACUACUGCCUUUUCGUGGAAGAACCCAUGCAGUUCCACUCAGCACUCAUCAUCGUGGAUGUCUUAACAAGAUUGCUCCUUAAAAUUGUGCUAAACGAGAGGAAGCAGAUGUAUUGCAAGUGGCACGAUAGUGCAGAUGUGGUAGGGCAGGGUCCAAAUAUGGCGGGGCAGAAUGCAGACGAAUCGCUGACGAACGAAGGCGUGGCCGCGAAAAACGGAGCUAGCAACUUGGAUACUGCUCAUGUGCGGAGUGACCAGCCCGAGGAAAAGCAAAAAAAUAAAAGUGCCAACAUUUCAAAGGGAAAAAGAACCAUUCCAAAGGGGAACGUGACGAAAGAGAAAAAACUUCCACAAGGGGUGAACCACACGAAUGGGAAAAUGCGGAAUAACGAGCUCACCGGAGGGACGCCAAAUGGGGAGGAACAGACGGAGCAUCACGGUGGUGCCACUUCCUCACAUGUUGCUCAUCAGAGGGGUGGAGAUGGAAGGGCUAAAUGGGACGGAAGGAGAAAGAGUCAACGCGGCGCGGAUGAAGACACGGGUAGUAAGGGCAUCCUACCGGACGAACAUUUCCCCGGGGUGGCGGAGCAAAAAAAAAAAAAAAAAUCCUCAAAGAGGAUCGAAAGGGGACACACUGAAGGGCACACAGAUGAUCCCCUCCGAGCGAACCGACGGGAGAACAAACUGCUUCACUCGAACAGCAAACCGUUCCGCUACCUAAGGAAGUACGAAGGUGCUGCCUUGUCCUGCCUGAACCUCAUCUCGUCCAUCAUCGUCAAAGCCGCCCUACGUAUGGAUUCCUUCCCCCUGCAGUUUAAGAUAAUUAAGUACCUACACGACACCUGCGUGGCGACAAACAUUGCAGAAGUUAAAUUCGUAUCCUUCCGGAUUUUAUCUCAGAUAGUUAUUAGUGCUGCCAGGGUGGGGACCCCCAACGGAGGGUGUAGGAUGGGGCCUCUCGAUGGAGCUCCUCCCGCGGAGGAUACUCAAACGGGUCACCUGAAAGUGUGUAGGCUAAGUGAAAAAAAGCACCACCAUGGGGGCGAAAUUGACGGAGACAGGUCCAAAGGAAAGAGACAUGAAGACGAAGCAACCCAUGGAGGAGGGAGAGCAAAUCGAAACGACCACGAGGGGAAGAACCUCUCAUCAUGCAACUCCUCAAAUUUUGAAAAAUAUUUCAAUUUGAUUUUUUCCCCCGGUGGGAACAUAUCUUAUGGGAAUUUUUUCGACGCGAAUGAUGAGCACGGGGGGAUGCCAAACCGAAAUGAGGGGAGCCACGAGAGCGGUGGGGGAGAUAGCGGUCGGUGCAGUAGCCAUCGGGGCGGGCCAGACGGACAGAACGACUCAAGCGAACACUACCUUGACAGCGUCAGCAACGCAGAGGGUAACGUGAUAAAAGAAACAGCAAUUGAAGGGGCAGGCGGAAAUCACCUGCACAGGGGAGAGACAACCCUGCGUGGUGAAAGCGGUGGGGCAGGAAAAUUAAAUGGCCAUGUGGGUAGCGACAAAGGGUCCAACUCCAGCAUUAUGUAUGACCCCUCUGAUAGUGACAGUCCUCCAGGGGGAGCGGCCGACCAUGUCCCACACAUGGAUGAAGGGGGCUCCCUCCAAGAGCAGAGCAGUGGAGAGAAGAACGAAGCGAAAAACGAAGCGAAGAGCGACGUGAAGAGCGAAGCGAAGGGCGAACGCAAUUACCUGUGCGAGUGCAUAGGGCUGCUCAUCCCGUACGUUAAAGACCCCGAAAGGGUCAUCAGCUACUUGAGCGUGUGCUCCGUCUGUGCGCUGCUGGGGAAGUUACAAAGGGGCAGAAUGCUGUCUAACUGGCACUUCGUUCACUUUUUUUUCAAUCGAAUAGAAGUCAUUUUGGAUGGCCUCUCCAGCCCGGUGACGAAUCGGGUGAGAGGGAGAAGGGCGAAGAGGAAAGCGGAAAGGGAAAGGGCUACCUGGAAGGGGAAACUCGAUGGACAAAUUGGCAACACCUGGAAGGGGAAAUUCGAUGGACAAACUGGCAACACCCUGGAAGAGGACCCCCCCAACCAACCGAACAGCGGCGCCGCAAAUUGCGAUGAGCACCCGACGGAAGAAACGUUCAGAGAUGAGGGAGAGGGGAUAAACGAGAAGACGUGCUGCAGCGAUGGGGGUGGCAGCGAUGGGGGCGGUAGCGUUAGGGAAGAUGAAGUAGGGGAAAUCGCCUAUGAUGAGGCAAAAGUUACGAAAGAGGGUCUAAACGGUCUCCCUCGCUGCGAACGUGGCCAUCGCCGCGAACCUCGCCAUCGUAGGCUUGCCCCCCCGCGGAUUAGUUACCAAAAUGUCAGGAGCAACAUGCGCACUGUAGAGAGGCAUAACCACUUUCUCGUCAAGGUGGGAACCAGGAUAAGGGAAAUCAACUCGGGAACCUACCAGACCCGUUUUAUUAAAAGACUGGGCCAGCUCACGAACAACACAAGGAAAGAAACCAACGUGUAUAAAGCGAUGAGUGAUGCGAUUAGCGAGGUGCUUUCCAACGAGGAGAAGAUGUCCUAUGUUAACUGCCUCAUCAGUUGCAUUCAUAAUAAGAACAGGCAGGUGGCGAUUAGCGGGCUCAACCUGCUCAUGUACCACACGUGGGCCGAACAAAUGAGCCAUCAAGACAUUGACGUAAUCAUGAGUAGGGUGCUUAAUGAGGUGCACUACUACACGAAGGUGAACGUUUUGAGCGGGUCCGGGGAGAGCCCCCCGAGUGGGUCCUUCAGCAAGGCGGCGCCCCCCCGGGGCACGGACGAGCCGAACAGCACGCUGGAGGCGUACCGCAUCAUGUGCAGGGCGCGGCAGGACAUUGAGGGUCCACCUAAGGGCAUAAGUAUAAACCGAUGUGAUAUCCGAAGUGAUAACCGAAGGGAUAAUCAACGUGACAACCCGCGUGACAACCUGCGUGACAAACCAGUUAGGGGGCCUAACGUCCUGGAGAGGGCCCUGCGCACCAUCCUAGUGCUGUGCAGGAAACACCCCUACGUAGUGGUGAAUAAGCUGUGCACCCUGCAGUCAAAGUACAGCUAUGAGCAUGUGUAUUUUAUCUUCAUGAUUUGCAACAACGAGAGGCUGCUUCAUAAGACGAUGGAUUAUUUGUUUUACCUAAUGAACAGCCUUGACACGCUUAAGCUGACGAAGAACUUGAGCAACAUCCUUUCGUUGGUCUUCCACUUCCUAAAGUUUCGAAAUGGCUAUAUAAGGGACUACACCAGGAGGUACUUCGUCGAGUUGUUCGUAAUUAUGUUUUUUGUUCUCGGGGUGAAGCAGCUGGGCCAUAUGAGUGGCGUCCUGGCGGGAGCUGCUAAGGGGAGAGCGGUGGUGGCAGAGAAGGUGUUCCCCCCAAGUGGGUUACUCGGCGGGCAGCACUACGCGGAAGGGGGAGAGCAAGUGAAAGAGCAAGCGAAAUGUGAAGCCAAAUCGCAACGGGGCGAAGCGGACAAGACAGAAGAGGCGAUUGGGGUUGGCUCCCCAGAACUGCCGGAGCAGGCACAUGAGGUUGACCAGAAAGAGGAUCCAAUCGCGCGGGUUGCGGAGAAGUUCCAGGAAAGGAGGGGACUUCCGGGAAGAAGCAACACGAAAGGAGCACCAACACACAGUAGUAGCUACACGAAAGGGUCACCCACGCAGAGUAGAAACAAUGCGGAAGGAAACAGCCGGGACGGCGCCCCCCUCCACACAGACAGCGACGACAACUUCGCAAAAGUGGUCAACGGGUCCCCAUUUUUCCUUAGAAGGAACAGCAUCCUCCGAAGUAGAGACGUGAAGAAGGUCUCCAGAGGAGAGUUCAGCAAGAAAAUUUACCAAAACUACACCUGCAGCAUAAGCGUGAAUAACACGCUCAACUGUGUGAGGAUCAUAAAGGAGCUGCUGAAGCUGAAUGGGAGGAAGAGGAUCCUAAGGCGAAUUGAGGAAGGCAGGGUGGAGAAGCUACUGUACUACAAGCACUCCUUCGAAAACGGGCUCAUCGAGUUGGUGCGCAUUGUUUUGAGCAGCCUGGGGGGGAGCGCCACCAGGGGGAGCGGCAGCAGGGGAAGCGGUGCUAGGGGAAGUACUAUUAGGGAGUGUCUCCCCCGGGGAAGUGGCACUAGGGAGAUCUUCACCCGGGGGAGCGCCCCCCGCUGCGAGCGCGGGCACUGCCGGAAGGUGUUCGGCUUCCUGGAGAUCUUCCUCAAAAGUAGGAACAUCAAUUACGUCAUCAUCUCGCUAGUCACCCUCUCGCAGCUCCUCCUGUGCAUGCGCAUAGAGCCAGAAAAUGUGAGACUAGUAGAACCCAUAAUUAAGGUCCUUUACCAGGUCAACUGUACACACAAAAACGACGUGGUGACCAAGUACCUGCAUCUGUGUUUCACCAACCUGUUUAUCAUUUUUAAGGCUAUCAGGGAGUACCAGUUAGAAACGGGUUCAGAACCCGUUCCGGUGCUAAUCAAAGAGGAAUACACCAUAAACGUUCUUAACUCUCUUUUUGUAUGCCUAGACAGUAGUGACCGAAACAUUGUUAAGGUGACGUUGAAGGCUUUCAAGGAGGCAUGCAAGUACGCUCGGGAACAGUGGCCCUCUCCGCUUUGCGCUUCCUACGUCAACAUGUUAACCACCCCCUCAGUUGUUCUUCCGUACUUGAAUAGCAGUGAGGCGGCGGAGAAGAUACUCAUGUGCGGGAUCCUGCGCGAGGUUUUUAGGACCCUCCGUUGGGAGAGGCAGCACAAGGGGGGGCUUGCUCCUCCCACCCAAACAGACACCCUGCCGAAGAAGCACCUGUACGAAAUAGCCACCUACCUGAUGAUCCACCUGGUGGACAAGAGGAAAAACGUCUCGGCCAACGUGUGGAAGGCUUUGAAGGAGUUCCUCAGGUGGAAGUUCUCUCACCAUGUGAAUAGCACGUUGUUAUUUUUUGACCGCAAGUUGUUCCUCCCCAGUGGGGUAGAAGUGGGUAGGUACGAAGUGGUCAGAUCCCAAGUGUGUAGGUCCUCCGUGGGCAUGUCUCAAGUGGACAGGGCCAGGCGCAUCACCAUACAGAGGGAGUACUUCAAAGGGGCGGGUGCAGAGGAUGGGGAACAGGUGGCAACGGAGGGGGCGGACUACGACUACUUCGCGAAGGGGCUCGCUUGGGAUGAGAAAAGCGGCUCCGUGGGAGAAAUAAACGGCGGUAUGGUAAGCUGUGUGCCUGCCGAUACCCCUACAGGUGGCCACACUAACGGUGUAGAGAAAGCGCAUCAGCAGAAGGUGGCCCCUCAUGGGAGGAACACCACUGGGGAGACGCGCAAAAAGGGGAAGAAAAAGAAGAGGAACAGGAACAGAAGACACUCAACCAACAGUGCCGCGAACAAAUCGGACGAAGAGAGCGACGUGAGCCAAGCGUACAGCUCCCCUGAGGUGAAGAAGGAAAGGAUCAACACGCACUAUUACAAACUCCUUGUGGAGAUCUGCAUCCCCCUUAUUAUAUGCAUCGACACGAAGGUGUCUCUGAAGAGGGACCUAUUCGCCGAGCUGAAUGGCUACUUGUACGGAGCUGACGUGGACCCUAAUGAAGAAGAUAGGGACAGCUUGCUGAGCGUAAAAAAGGAGAGCGACCGACUGCAACAAAUAUUCUUUACAAAUCUGCAGAUGAACCUAAGCAGCAUCAACAGCGUCUACAGAGCCUUCAUCAUCCUACUGAGCAGCAGAAGUUAUUUGGGGCCAAACGUGUGGAACGCCAACAUCCCAAUUAACCAAGACAUUGAGAGAAUGAUAAGUGAGUAUGAGGUGAAAAGCACCAAGUCGAGGGCAGAGCAUGUGCUGUUUGGGGACUUGAGCAACUACGUGCAUGCGUGGAAGAGGAGAGAGAGAACAGACGGAGGGGGGAGAGCAGACAUAGGGGGGAGAACAAACAGAGGAGAGGAAAAACAAAACAAAAGGAAAAAACAAAGGGAGGCUACCGGCGAAGAUGCCAUGCAGAAGAGUAUCACCUCCGUUUGGACGGACUCCAUAUUGAGCACCCUCUCUGGGACCUUCAACUACUCCUACGAUGGCGCCUUUUUCAACAGUCUUAGCGUUAGUGGCAGCGUAGAGAAGGAAUAUACCCACCGGGGGAAGGAUUCAACAGAGGGGGAUGCUAUAAGGACCCCCCACAAUUGCAGCCGAGCCGGUUGGUCGCAUCAGGCGAUUCGUAUGAUUAACACAAGUGGUAGUGCUCCCCCAAAUGGGGAUACCUCCAGUGAAGCGGAAAAUGCAGACGUCUGUAAGGGGGAAGAACCAAAAGAGGGCCCUCCCCCCCAAGGUAGGGCUAUCAGCACGCACAACCUACCCUCCCGCGAAGGUAAGAAGGACCAUGCUGCGAUCGGGCCAAGCGGAGAGCCACCUUCUGAUGAACCACCUUCUGAUGACGGGCAAGGGGAAGAGGUUAACAAAGUAGCGCCGCUGGAAGAGGGGCAGGGCACCCCCCUGCAGAGGGAGUUCCCCUCCCUGGAAUAUAAGAGGAGCCGCUCGUUCGACCCGGGGGAGAGGCUCUCUGAUGAGAACUACGCGAAUUUCGUUUCGAGCAGCGACGAGGGGGAAGCCGCCGGUAAGGAAGCCUCUGUGAAAGACGCCUAUGUUAGGGACGCCCCUGUUGGGGACUCCCUCUUGAAAGACGUUACCCCCCCCGCCGAACUGCUCAACUACACGCCGGGCGACCGAAGCGCGAGCCAAUUCGUGAGGCGAAAGUUUGCCAAAAUACAGCUGCUCAACCAAAAGUACAGCUGCGUGGACAAAUUCAAAACCGCGUUGAACUUAAAAAUGGAGACCAGCCUCUUGCAGUGGAUUGAAAUGUUAAAGUUUCUGAAGGAAGACCCCCCUGAGUUCAUUCUGCCGAGGGAAACCAAAGCUGCUCAUCACCUGGCCGAUUUUUUCGAGUCCGCUUUAAUAUGCACACUGUCGGUGGUCAAAUUCGUUUCUCUCUCAUUGGAUUGUAAGAAGCUGCACAGGGUUACCUUGAAGAGGAUGAGGAGGGAAGCUCAAGCGUUAGAGGUGGCACCAACAGUGAAUGCAAAAUUGAGUGCAAAAGUGGGCGGAGCAGGGGGGGGAGAAGAGGAACCCCACUCCCACCUGCAGCAUCGUAUGGAGGAGACCUACUUCAUCCAGCUGCUGUCCAUCUGCAUGAAGCUGGAGGCCCUCUGCUCUUCCAUUAGCAAGCAGCUCUGCGCCUUCUUGCAGGAGCAGCACGCGCCGGAUCGGACACCGGAUCGGGCAGCGGAGCACUUGCCCAUCAUUAGGGCCCUGGCCGCGCUCUCCAUCUUGAAGCCCUCCCCCUAG